AUGGAGACAGCAGAGGAACAUGAAUCGAAGACUACAAAUCAACCAAAUGGUAACCAUUGUAGUGAAAUUGAAUCGUUUAGAGCUCUAGUUGGCGACUCUGAUGCCAACUCCCUGAAGGAAUUUAUAGAUAAGAUAAAUUCAAAUGAUGAAGAUGGAGUUACAGUUACCAAUACCUCCAUUGUUCUUUCUCCAAGUUCUGAUAAAGUUCAUCGAACAGCAGUUCAUAAUUUUUUCAAAGAGAAACUCAAGUUCUUGGGGGGAAUAAUGAAAGAGGCAGAGGUUCUAAGAAGAGGAAAAGGAAGAGAUGAGACUCCUUAUGAUAGUAGAGGUUCAGAUCAUUGGCCUGAGCAUCUUGGAAAGUUUCUCAGAUUUCAUCUUUGUAAGGAAAACAAGGAUACACAAGAGGCAUUAGGGGUGAUUGGAAAGAUGCUUGGCAUUCAGCCAAGGGCAUUUGGAUUUUCUGGUACAAAAGAUAAGCGUGCUGUAACAACUCAAAGGGUCACUGUAUUUAAACAGCGUGCAAACAAAGUGGCUAAUCUGAAUAAAAGAUUAAUUGGAAUUAAAGUUGGCGACUUUUCUUAUGUCAAUGAAGGUCUUCUUCUUGGUCAACUCCAUGGAAAUCGAUUCGCAAUCACACUAAGGGGGGUGGUUGCAGAUUCUGAGGAUACUGUAAAAGUAGCAGCAGUUGCUUUAGGAAAACAUGGAUUUGUAAACUACUUUGGUAUGCAGAGAUUUGGGAGUGGUUCUAUACCUACUCACCUUAUUGGUGCUAAAUUACUUAAAGGAGAAUGGAAAGAAGCAGUGAGCAUGAUUCUUGAUCCAAGGGAUGAUGACAUAAGGAGGAUUCGGGAAUAUUAUAAAGAAAGUGAAGACAUUGAUGGGACUUUGAGACAGUUACCUCGCUUUCUUGUGGCUGAAAAGGCCAUUCUGCAGUGUUUGAAAAAGUGUCCAGGGAACUACUUGCAAGCUCUAAAGGCUGUUCCUAGGACCCUUAGAAUGAUGUAUGUGCACAGUUACCAAAGCUAUCUAUGGAACCAUGCAGCUAGCAUGAGAGUACAAAAAUAUGGGAAUGAGGAAGUAGUGUUGGGGGAUUUGGUGUAUUAUGAGGCUGAUGCACUUCCAUCUGAAGGAACUUGUACCUCAGUAAAGGUGGUUAACAAGGAAGACAUUCUUUCAGGGAAUUAUACAGUUUCUGAUGUUGUCCUUCCUUUACCUGGUUCAAGGGUAAUUUUUCCAAAUAAUGACAUUCAACAAUAUUAUCAAGAUUUGGCUGACAAGGAUGGUGUGAGCUUGAUGGAGAGUAUGCAUAAUGUCAAGGAGUUUUCGCUAACCAGCAUGACAGGAGCUUAUCGGCGAGUAUUUGGAAAAGCCAAGGAUUUUGAAUGGGAGUUGAUAAAGUAUACAGAUGUAAGCAUCCCAUUGGCUACGACCGAUUUAGACAUUGUUUCAAAGGCCAAUGAAGGUGAUGGUGUUAAAAAGGAGUCUUUGGAAUUGGAAUUGGGAGACCAGUUAGCCCUUAAAUUGAGCUUCACACUUCCAGCAUCUUGCUAUGCAACUAUGGCUAUUAGGGAGUUGCUAAAAACAUCAACUUCUACUGCAUUUCACAAGACUUUAAAUUAAUUAGGAGAUUACCGAGACUGAGUAUCGAAGGAAACCAACACUUUUGGAAGCCUAGUCUAAUUUAUUAUGCAAUUUUGUACAUUACUUUUGUUGUUUGUUUACAAAUGUAGAUUAAUCGAGACUUAGGU